CAGCCGGGCCCAGGAGAAGAGGAGGCAGGCAGGAAGCCACAGAAGGGGGGGUCUUGGACCCUCUACUCCGUGGGCAUCCCCAUCAGUUAGUCAGAAGCUCCAUGGAUGGGGGAAGGCUGGGGCAGGGCAGGACAAACUCCUCAGCCGAUGGGCUCUCCCCCCACCCCAGGGGUGGGGAGGGGGAGGCAGCCCAGGAGAGAGCCCCUCCCCCAAACGGGAUGAGGUUUCCAUGGCACCCUGGCUUGGCCCCCAAGGCGGCAGUGAGAGCCCUGGGGCAGGAGAGAGCCGAGGAGGCAGGUAUUGCAGAACCAUGGCCAGAGCCAGCCUGGAGACAGCCCCAAGCCUGGCCUCCAAAGCAGGAUGGCCAACAGGCCAGGUCCAAAGGGCAUCCGGGCAAAGGUCGGGCCGGACAGAGGGCCGCAGAGGCACCAAACAUGGCCCAGGACCCGAGCCGGAGGAGGAGGAGGGUGGGCCUGCUGGGCUAUGGGCGCCUUGGUCAGGCCCUGGUGGCUCGGCUGCUGGCAGAGGGGCCUCGGCACGGCCUGGAGCUUGCCUUUGUCUGGAAUCGGGACCCGGGGAGGCUGCAGGGCGCUGUGCCCCCUGCCCUGCGGCUCUCGGAGCUCGGUGCCCUGCGGGAUAGGAGCCCAGACCUGGUGGUCGAGGUCGCUCACCCCCAAAUCAUCCACGACUUUGGGGCCCAGAUCCUGAGCCACGCGGACCUGUUGGUGGGGUCCCCCUCGGCCCUGGCCCACAGGGACACGGAGCAGCGGCUGCUGGAGGCCUCCCGGCGGUCCGGCCGUUCCGUGUUUGUGGCUCGGGGCGCCUUGUGGGGAGCCGAGGACAUAGCCCGGCUGGAUGCAGCCGGGGGGCUCCAGAGCCUCCGCGUCACCAUGGCGACACACCCGUCGGGCUUCCGGCUGGAGGGCUCCCUGGGCCAGGGGCCGCGCCAGGGGCCGCCGCGGGCCGUGCUCUAUGAGGGGCCGGUGCGCGGGCUCUGCCCCCUGGCGCCCCGCAACUCCAACACCAUGGCGGCGGCCGCCCUGGCUGCCCGGAGCCUCGGCUUUGACGGAGUGGUUGGCGUCCUGGUCUCUGACCUCAGUCUGGUCGACCGGCACGUCAUCGAUGUCGAGUUGAGCGGCCCUCCGGGCCCCAGCGGCCAGAGCUUCUGCCUCCGGACCCGGCGAGAAAACCCAGCGGAGCCCGGCGCCGUCACGGGCUCGGCCACCCUGACCGCCUUCUGGAGCAGCCUCCUGGCCUGUGGCAGCCCCCACCCCUCCGAAGCGGGCCUCCGGCUGUGCUGAGAAGCAGCUGCCGCUGCCACCGCGGGCUCUGGACGAUGCCUCGGCGUCCGCUUUCUCACGCAGCCAAUAAAAUUUGGGGUUUCUUUGCCAGAA